AAUUUCAACACUUCCAGGAAUCCGAAGCAUCGCUAUUUAAAAGGGAUAGGCACGGAGGGAUGUAGUGGCACAUUGGAUGUAGGAAAAGCGGGCGUAUCUUUUCCCGGCUGCAGAAGGUAGAGGUUAAAAAGCUGUGGGAACGGGUCAGAGGAAAGAGGGGGGCGGGAGGAAUGGGAAAGGGUACAGUAGAAAGGCAGGCAGGGUGUUUUCUUAACGUAAAGGAAGAGUUAAAUCAGAAGUUAAUAGCUUAUUGUGAGUUAUUAAAACGAUAGCCUACACCGCCGAGAUCUGGGAAACCGAAAGUUAUCUAAUUAUAUAAGACAUAAACAAGAGAAGGAGACCUCGAUGUCGGGAAUAGGACACGGUCUGGAAUAGGGUGAAGGAUGGAGGGAGAUACAGAGAAAGAGACAGCAGAGGAGAAGGAAGGUGAUGAUACAGAGCUGUCUGGUGAGGAAGGGGUGGGGCGACUUCAUCAGAGCGGAAGGUCCUCGGAUGAAGACCAGGACCUACCCAUCAUGCAGUGGGAGGACCUGAGCCUGCGUAUCGCCGAGCUAGAGAAACAGGAGGAGGAGAGGAGGGAGAGGGCAAAGAGUACGAGUGGGUCGGAACAGGGGAGUGUGUCAGGGGGCUGGGCGGAGGAGAGGCAGGGUGGGCGGAGGAGGAGAGAGGAAUGGGAGGAGGAGGACUAUGGAAGGUGUCGAGUUACUGUUUUCUCAUCUAGAUUCCACAACCACAGAAAUCUACAAUUAUGCUACACCAACAACAGUGAGAGCGAGGAUGAUGAUAAGGAGGAGGGGGCUGGCAAAGAGGGUUCUAAAGAGGCAGGUAGCCAUGGUUACCAUCCCUCUGGCCUGAAGCUGGAGGUGAGGGCUGCACUGAGUGCGCUUAAAAACAAGCUGCUCGCUGAACAGAAAGAGAAGGAGCACCUCGCCUGUGUGAUCACUAAGAGGAAGCAUCUGGAAUGCUGUGACCUGCAGAUCUGCUCAAUACAACAGCUCAGCUCCCUCAGGACCUCACUCAACCACGACAUACACGACCUGAGCUCUGAGUUGGUGGGUCACCUGUUGAUAAGGGACCAGCUGAGGACCAAACAGGAUGCCAUGCUCCUGGAUGUACAGGAUCUGACAUAAUGUUGACCCACAGGUGCACAGGAUGUGACAUCACCACUGCCAUGGACAGGGUACCAGGACAGGAAGUCAUUGUGACCAAUAGUGGAUAAAGGGAUUUUGGCCCAGAUAUGCCACUAUGAGACUGUCAGAAGUAUUUCCGUAGCAGCCUACUCAACAUGAUUUUUCGUAAAGGAGAAAUGUUGAUUAUGAGCAACUGAUGAGCAGCAUCUUGGACCGGCGUCAUAAUACAAUUCAUAUUUCACAGACAGGGUAUGGAUAACUUUCUCUUCAUCAUCCCCACCUGAUCUUGACCAGCAUAAUCUUCAUCAUCAUUAGUGGACAGAGUACUGUAUUAGGACCUUUUUUGACUUACGCAUGCACUUAAACAAAAAUAUUUAAUAUCAGAAAGAGGGUUUUAAGCCAUUUGUGAUGUUGUUUGAAACAUCUCUAGUAAUAUCUGACUCCUAGUGUUUUGCCUGUGGUAAGAAAGUCCUAUUUAUCUUGGGGGUGUCAGAUGGAGAACCUUCACAGCCAUAGUGUAACGCAACAUUCAAUGAGUUAUAUCAUUUACAUAUAUGAGGGAUACCGCUUUUGCAUAAGUUUUAUUGUGUAAACAUUGCAAUAUCCUUGACUUACUGAUUUAAGGGAAUUGUCCACUUAUAACCUGUAUAAAACAAGCUAAGGAGCUGCAUAUUCAGGCUAAAGGGAACAGUCCUGUAACAAUUUGGUAGAGAAGUUUCUUUGUUGGUAAUUAACCUCUAUUAUGUAUAAUAUGAGCCUCAUGUAGUUGUUGAUGUAAGGGAAUUGUCCGCAUAGUGCCAAUAAGCCUGUGGGUAUUGCCAUUAUGUAUUUUAUGAUAUACCUGGUUUCCAGCCAUAACUAUAACUACCACCAGCAUAGGAAACUACAAAGCUGCAAUUGGUCGAUUGACUCCAUGCCAGCAUAGUCCGAAAAUAUUUUGUGUUUCUCAGAUUGUUCUGGUAAUUCUCACAUAGAAACUUCAUUGGGAUGAAGGAUGUUUGAUGUGCUUUUUACAUUUGUAACACAAAUCAGGUUUUUUUUUUUAUCAUGAUGGAAGUGGCAAUUUUAGGCCCUUUUUAAUCCUAUGCAUGACAACACCUUGGUGUCAUUAUACCCCUAAUAGCUCUAAAAUAUGGACUAUCAUUGCAUUCUGAAAUACAAUUUUACACAUUAAUUUAUUCAAGAUUAAAACUAUUAAUAUUAUCUCAAAAGUACCCUUUUUGAUUUUGUUAAGUUUUAGACAUAUUGUUUUAAACAAUAUACUUUACUAGUACAUCAAAUUUCCAGAGUGGGCUCUCUGUUACUUUUAAAGUUAUGAUUCAAAGGGAACUCCUUCUGCUGGUGAUUUUCUGAAUGUGCAAUCCUACAGUAGGGCUGUGAUUGGUUAAUUACCUAUAACGUCCAUUUCUUUGUAUACUGAACAAUAAUAUAAAUGCAACAUGUAAAUGGUUGGUCCCAUGUUUCAUGAACUGAAAUAAAAGAUCCCAGAAAUGUUCCAUACUCACAAAAAGCUUAAUUAUCUAAAAUUCUGUGCACAAAUUUAUUGACAACCCUGUUAGUGAGAGUUUAUCCUUUGCCAAUAUAAUCCAUCCACCUGACAGGUGUGGCAUAUCAAGAAGCUGAUUAAACAGCAUGAACAUUACACAGGUGAACCUUGUGCUGGGAACAAUAAAAGGCCACCCUAAAAUGUGCAGUUUUGUCACACAAUGCCACAGAUGUCUCAACUUUUGAGGGAUUGCAGGAAUGUCCACUAGAGUUGUUGCCAGGGAAUUGAAUAUUAAUUUCUCUAGGACCUCCACAUCUAGCUUCUUUACCUGCGGGAUUGUCUGAGGGUGGGAUUGCUGAGGAGUAUUUCUGUCUGUAAUAAAGCCCUUUUGUGGGGGAAAAUGUAUUCUGAUUGGCUGGGCCUGGCUCCCAAGUGGGUGGGCCUAUGCCCUCCCAUGUGAAAUCCAUAGAUUAGGGCCUAGUACAUGUAUUUAAAUUGACUGAUUUCCUUAUAUGAACAGUAACUCAGUAAAAUAAUUGAAAUUGUUGCAUAUUGUGUUUAUAUUUUUGUUCAGUAUAUAACAUAAUUUCUUCAAAGUGGUAGAGAGCCCACUCUGGGAAUGUGAUGCUUGAAAUAUAUAUGUUUCCAAAUCGUGUUUCUAAAAUUAAGCAAAACCAAAAAGUGUACUUUUGAGAUAUUAAAAAUAAAUAUAAUAUCUUACCUGGUUUUCUGGUGAUAUGAAAGAUUGUCAUUUGUCACUUUAAAAUAUACCAGCCUGUUUCUUCCGUCUUGCCGUUGUCCUGCUAUCACAGUUCAUUGUUUCAUCAUACUACAAAUACACACGAUUAUUGGAAGUACCACAUAUAAUAAUUGCUAGUUAAGACACGAGGUAAUAAGGCCAGGAGAUUUUCCUGACCAUGUGACCUGACCAGGGACAAACACCAGGCUCAAGUUACUGGACCAGAGUCUUUCCUCUUCAAGUCACAUGAUCAGGAAAAACUCCUGGCCUUAUUACCUGUUGUGUCUUAACUAGCAAUUAUUAUAUGUGGUACUUCCAAUAAUCGUGUGUAUUUGUAGUAUGAUGAAACAAUGAACUUUUAGCAGAUUCAAGGCCAUGGGAAAGGGGUGAAUGCUAUGAAGUAACAUUGAACUUUAUAAUCUCUGAAGUAUUAUUCAGUAUUAACUUUUUUUAAAUGUAUCAUUUUGCAUUCAAUAAACCUUGUAAGGUUAUUUAAUGUUG